UUGGCAGUAUCCAGGAAGUUCAGGGGAAAGGAGCUGCAUGCGGGUGCCAAAGUAAAUGUGUAGAUAGUUCCAACAAGAAAUUAGGCUGGUCGUGUCAGCCAACAAACGUUACAUUACAUACCUCAUCUGACAGAUCUUCGUAAUGGAUUGGGAAGGGACCAGUGAAUCCCAUGGCCACAUGAAUGAUGGCUGCCACGGCCACGGUGGGCACGGGCAUGGCCAUAGUCAUGGUCCGGGAGGGCAUGGAUUCGGUGGCAUGGCCCAUGGGUUCAUGCCUGGUCUUCCUGGUCAGUUUUCUCAGAGGGGAGAGGCCAUGGCUGACCCAACCCAACAGCCCAAGAAGCGCUCCCACAUGGACGACAGCAGCAGUUGGGACAUAAUCAAAGCUACCCAGUUUGGAAUCCUGGACAGGUGUAAAGAACUCAUUGAAGCUGGGCAUGAUGUGAGACAACCAGACAAAGAGAAUGUCACAUUGCUGCAUUGGGCAGCCAUCAACAACCGCUUGGAAUUGGUCAAGUACUACAUCUCUAAAGGAGCUGUCAUCGACCAGCUUGGGGGUGAUCUCAACUCAACACCACUGCAUUGGGCCAUCAGACAGGGCCACCUGGCCAUGGCGAUCCAGCUGAUGCGGUAUGGCGCUGACCCCACCCUGGCCGACGGGGAGGGCUACCGGAGCCUGCAUCUGGCCGUGCUCUUCCAGCACAUGCCCAUCGCUGCUUACCUCAUGGCCAAAGGACAGGAAGUGGAUGUAACCGACACAAAUGGACAAACCUCUUUGAUGUUGGCUGCUCAGAAAAUCAUUGGGCCUGAGCCCACUAAUUUCCUCCUGAAGUGUAACGCCUCUGUGAACGCAGUGGACAAGGUCAACAGGAACUCACCACUGCACUGCGCCGUGCUGGCCGGGAAUGUGGACUCUGCCCACAUCUUACUGGAGGCCGGGGCCAGCGUGGACCUAGAGAAUGCCAAUGGUCACACUCCGAUCGACCUGGCACACCAGGUGCACAGCCCUCUGCUCAUUCACAUGCUCAAUCUCAUCAAGCAAGAGAGGAUCAAGUCCAACUCCACGUGCCUCAGAGUCCUCAGCAAGUACAGGGUGCCCCUGCAGAUGCUCUUCUGUGUGCUGGUCUUGUGGUCUGUCGGCGCCAUCAUGGACAUGAGCUCGGAGUCCUGGCUGCUCAAGGGAGUGCUGCUGGUGUGUGUGGUCGGAGUGGUCAACCUCGCCUCAAGACAAGCAUCGACUUUCAGUGUCCGAAACCAGAUCCCCUCUAUGGGCCUCAUUGCAUCCAUCUUCUGGAUGCUCAUCACGUGGUUUUUGUAUUUCAUUCCUGAUGGACCGAGUGCUACGGUGCAGGUGCUGUUUACGCUCAACGUGACCGCCCUGCUAUACUACUACCUCCGCUGUGCCAGGACCGACCCGGGCAUCAUCAAAGCCACAGAGGAGGAGAAGAAGAAGAACGUGGUGGUGCUGGCUGAGGCUGGCUGCCUGGACCCCAGAAUCUUCUGCACUUCCUGCAUGAUGAGGAAGCCAAUGAGAGCUAAUCACUGUUUUGACUGUGAUGCCUGCAUCGCUAAGCAAGACCACCACUCCGUCUGGAUUAACAGUUGCAUUGGUGCCAGGAACCAUCACUACUUUGUGCUCUUCCUGCUAACCCUCUCCCUGCUGUGUGUGUGGAUGUUCUAUGGAAGUCUUGUGUACUACUCCAAGAACUGCCCACUGCACUACUCGGAGGAGGGUCUGUGGGGGGCCGUCACGGGCCUGGUGGGCUGCUCCCCCUGGGUGCUCUACAUGUUCAGCGUGGCCUUCUUCCACCUCACCUGGGCCUCCAUCCUCUUCAUCGUGCAGAUUUGGCAGGUGGCUUACUUGGGGCUGACCACUGCAGAGAGAGCCAACCUCAUGAUGCGCCAGAGGAAGCUCCCGCAAGCCAUGUCUCUGAGACAGAACCCCUACAAUUUCGGGGUGCUGCGGAACCUGGUGAACUUCUUCCAGGUGCGCUGCUGUGGCCUGUGCAAGCCCGUGGUGGUGGACUGGACCCAGCAGUAUGCUCUGGGCCUGGGCAGGGACAGCCCCAUGUUCAACGGUUCGGACUCAGUCUGAAGCUGAUGUCCCUCCUUCACCAAGCUAACUGGUCAAGACUGGUCCAAGACUCAUAGAAGACAAGGAGCCUUUCAACCUGUGGAUCUGUUUACCAUCAAAUGGAUUUAUUUAUUUUUCAUUUGAUCUCUUUUUUUGGUAAACAAUUGGAGAGAACUCUAAAAGAGAAAAUCGAAAUGGAGAGAAAAGGGAACACAAUGACUGACCAUAUAUGGUAUUUGUGGAUAUCUGCCUUACACUGUAAAAUGUAACGGAAAAAUGUACAUACACAUCAAGGGAAUAUAAUCUUAAAUUGCCUUAUAACGGCUUUGAAUAUAUUUGAAUAAACACAAAUUGAUUAUUGUUUUUAUAUGUAUUGACAGUUCUAUUUUGAUCUUUGUAAGAUGAAGAACAAUCUUGAAAUGGUAUAUAUUUUACAGCUUUUUUGAAAUUCUUUUUUAUAUAUAUAUACAAAUUGAAUGGCAUUGUAUGCUUUUUUUUUUAAUCUUGCCUGUUGAAAUUUGCGCACAUGCUGCACAGUGUUUGAGGAUGUGUGUGUGUGUCCACAUCCUGUCCAGAUGAAUGCCUUCUCCUCCACAUUCCACUGCAUGUUUAUGAAGGAGCUGAGCUCAUUCAGUUAAAAUAUUGUAGACAAGCGACGCAUAUGCUGCCAAUAUAAACCACUGAUCUCACCCUACUGGUGUGUAUCAGCUUCUGUUCAGCAUUCUCUUUUUGCACAUUCCCUCUGCCUCUUGUGUUAACCUGCUGCACUUACUUAACAAGUUCAUCAUCUGCCAUUGUUAUCUUCAGCUCGAGCUGGUAGGCAAUACAGUGCUUUUACUUCAGUGAUUUAUUUUUGGGUUUUGUAUGUCAUGCUGUGAAUUUCCUGUCAUGAACACAUCUUUUCAUCUCUUCUCAGAACUGUUUGUGUCUCAGUGAAGUGGGAGGUUUUGAAAUAAAGAUGUCUUGUUUUAAA